AAUUUAACAAUCGUUUGUAUUAAAAAACUCCUUUUGGAAGCUCACAAUAAGCUUUCCUUACAAAGCCACAACAUUUUCCUCCCCCCAAAUCUCAAUCCUAACCGAUGAAGAGGGAAGAAAUCGACUUGUAUUCCUUAACCAGUCAUUUCUUCCCCUCUCAUAAUUUGUUCAUCUACCAAACAAACUAUCCGAAGCAUCGACCAUGGAAUUCGAAUCCACCUGGAAAAAUGAAACCGUUUGUUACACUCUCCCACCGCUCAUCAAUGCAGAAAAUUUUGGAGAUGAAAUCAGCAUCGUGGAAGAUGUGUUUUCAGCUUCGUUGUCGCUCCUCAACAUCCAAAUCUUCCUCAUCUACGUUAUAAGCAACUCCCUCAAUAAGAUUCUCAAGCGUUUCAGCAUUCCCUCCUUCGUGUCUCAGCUCCUGACUGGUAUCAUCCUGGGGCCGACCUUCCUCAGAAAGAACGAUUUUGUCAAGAACCAGUUGUUCCCACGACACUCACACGAAGCCCUAGACGUGGUCGGCAUGAUCGGAUACUUCACCUUCAUGUUCCUGUCGGCAGUAAAAAUGGACGUGGCGAUGGUGAUCCGGUCCGGUAAAAAAGUGAUGACCAUUGGGCUAGCCUCCACGAUCAUCCCUUUCGCCGUCGGCCUGCUCUUCCAACGGCAGCAGAUCGCCGAAGCGGACGACAAACUCACCGUAAACAGCAUCGUCGGGAUCACCAGCAUCCAGUCCCUCACCACCUUCCCCGUCGUCUCCCAGGUCCUCGAGGAGCUCAAGCUGACCAACUCCGAGAUCGGCCGGCUGGCCCUCUCCUCGUCGCUCGUCUCCGGCCUGUUGGGCGCCCUCAUCGACCUCGUCGGGAAGGCCUUCUCCAUGCACCUCGAGGUCGCGAAGCGGCUGCGCAACCUCCUCGUCGCCUCCCUCUCCAUCGCCGUCGCGGUGUUCGUCUUCCGCCCGGCGAUGGUUUGGGUCGUGAAGCGGACGCCUCAAGGUGGCAGCGUGAAGGCGGCUUACGUGUUCGUAACCCUAGCCGUGGCGACGUCGUACGUGAUCCUCUUCGACGAACUGAGGCUGGCUUUCAUCGUCGGCGCCUUCAUCUUCGGCCUCAUCGUCCCUCCCGGCCCGCCGUUCGGCUCCUCGCUGGUCGAAACCCUGGAGACCGUACCUCAGGCGCUCUUCUUCCCGGUCUUCGUCGCCACCACGGCCAUGAAGGCCGACCUCACGACCGUGUUCGGACCGUUCGACAACCGAGGGUUCUUCACCGCCUUGAUCUACUGGAGCGCCAUCGAGAAGUUCAUCGCGUGCUUGCUGCUCGCCCUGCCGUGGAUGCCGCUCCUCGACUCCGUCGUGCUCUCCCUCGUCUUGAACUCCAAAGGCGUGGUGGAAGCCUCCAUCCAUGCGUACCAGAGGGACACGCAGAUGAUGGGGCUGCAACUCUACUCGCUGUUCCUCCUCUCCAUCUUGGUCAACGCCACGGUCAUCCCGGUCCUCGUCAGCAUCCUCUACGAGCCGUCGAGGAGGUACGCGGGGUACCACUCGAGGAACAUCUUCGCGCUGAGGCCGGUGAGCGAGCUUCGAGUCCUGGCGUGCGUCCACAAGCCGCACCACGUGGCGUCGACGAUGAAGCUGCUCGACACGCUCUGCCGGACGGAGGAGAGCGCCGUCGCGCUCUACGUCAUCCACCUCCUCGAGCAGAUCGGCCACGCGACGCCGAUCUUCAUCACGCACCAGAAGCAGAAGAAGUCGGAGAGCUCGGACUCCUCGUACUCGCACGACGUCGUCGUGGCGUUCGAUCAGUACGAGAGGAACAACAUGGGGUGCACGUCGGCGCAGAUCUUCACGUCGAUUUCCCAUGCAAAGUUCAUGCAGGAGGAUGUUUUUACGUUGGCACUCGACAAGCUCACUUCCAUCAUACUUGUUCCUUUCCACCGGAAGUGGGGGAUCGACGGGAGGAUCGAGUCCGAAGACAACGUCCUCAGGGCUCUGAAUUACAGGAUUCUGGACACCGCACCCUGCUCGGUCGGCAUACUCUACGACCGCGGCAGUCGGAAAGCGACUGCCGCGAUCGAGGUCGUGCCGCUCGACAGCGAAACCGCGCCGUCCGAGUCGGCGUCGUGCUCGAUCUGCGCGAUCUACCUCGGCGGCCGCGACGACCGGGAGGCCAUAAGCCUGGCCAAGAGAAUGGCGAACGACCCCUCCGUCCACCUCACCAUACUCCAUCUGGUCAGCCAACAAAAACUCGCCGCCGCCGCCGCCGGCGGCGAGGCGGUGCUCGACGACGAGGUGGUUUUAAACGGCGUGCUGAGAGAGAUGUCCAACUUUCUGAACGUGCAGUGCUUGGAGAGAGUGGUGAGGGACGGGACGGAGACGGCGAGCUUGAUCGCUGCGGUGGCGGAUCAGUACGACGUUUUCGUCGUCGGGAGGCGGUGGCACGUGGAGGUGGAGUCGCCGCAGACGGCGGGGCUGGCGGAUUGGAGCGAGUUUCCGGAGCUUGGGGUGAUUGGGGAUCUGUUGGCGUCGAAGGAUGUGAGGACCAGAGGGUCUGUUUUGGUGGUGCAGCAGCAGAGGCAGCGGAAGUAGGGAGUGAAAUGGCAAAAGUUGUUGCCACCAAACAAUGUGUAUAUUGGGGGUUUUUUGAUAGUUUUAGGUGGUUUGUAGUUGGUAAAGCUUUGUAGAAUAUUAGCAAUAUUGAUGAUCAAUGAUUGUAGAGCAUGUGUAAAUUAAUCACUUAUGAGUUGAUUUAUGAUAUAAUAUUAAAG